GCACACAUAUCAGAACAUCAGGGGUAUUGAAUUAGAGACUUAUGACCGCUUGCUCAAGGAAAAGAAUAGUAUGUACAGGAACGCUGCUUGAAACCCUUCCAAUGCUAACAAAUAAAAGCAAACAUUCUUCGAAUUUCUCCAACUGAGCUACUGAUUCCUUCAGCUCUCUCUCUUCCAAAAAUUUACCAUCAUCAAGCUGUUAAGACAAAAUGGUACGUAACUGAUGCACUCGGCCCUGGCGAGUCAGUCUUUAACAUGCAACAACACUCCCAUCACGCUCAUUUCCGCCGCUUGAUUGCUGGACCAUACUCCAUGUCCAAGAUGGUCAAGAAUGAACCUCUCAUCGAUGAAAUUAUCAUCGCUUAGAUCAAAAAACUAAACGAAAUGUUUGCUGAACAAAACAAAGCUUUUGACAUGUCAAGAUGGGCAACUUUUGCUGCAUUUGACGUUAUCAGUUUGGUUGGAUUUGGAGAGGCCUUUGGAUUCGUCGAUACUGCUAGUGACGUUGAUGAUUUGAUCGAGGAAAUCCACAAGGGCUUCUUCUAUUUCGGUAUUGUUGGAAGAUUGUACCCUUUUGUUGAUUUCAUCAAGAAGACUUGGCUUGGAAGAUUCCUCGUCUCUAGCGAAAAAGACAAGGGAGGGAUGGGUUUCUUGAUUAGAUGGACAAACAGAAUUAUGAAAGCUAGACAGAAGGAAAUUGCCGAAGGAAAGAACAAUGAAAGGGUUGACCUGUUGCAAUCGUAUGGCAAUCUUCCUUAAAUGUUUCCGCAAAUGCUAAAGGAACUAGAUUCUAUGAGGCCCGUGAUGCCGAUGGUCAACCACUCACCGAAGACCAUAUCCGAGCCGAAUGCAUGCUCUUAUUCACAGCUGGUGCCGAUACUACCGGAACUACCAUGGGAGCAAUGAUGGCAUACCUCCUGUCCAAUCCAACUGUCUACGCCAAAAUGAUUAAUGAAAUUGACGCUGCUUUCGAAGGUGGUGUAUUAUCUAGCCCAGUUCCAGCUGCAUCAGAAGUUUCCAAAAGCUGUCCAUACUACGUUGCCUGUGUCAAAGAAUCCCUGCGUUUAUGUCCUUGGGCUCCUAAUAUUUUUCCUCGUCUCGUCCAAGCUGACCAUGCUCCUCUUGUAAUCGAUGGAAAAACUAUCCCAGUCGGAACUGAAGUUACCAGCACUGCAUAUAUGGCGAACCGUGAUCCAGCAGUUUAUGGAAAAGAUGCGGAAGAAUUCAGACCAGAAAGAUGGUUGGAAAAUGAUGGAGAAGCGGGUAAGGUUUUCGAUAAAUAUCUUGCUACUUUCGGAUAUGGUACUCGUAGCUGUUUGGGUAAGGAUCUUGCAAUGAUUGAAUUGAUGAAGGCUCCUUUGAUGGUAAGUAAUCUUUCCUGACGCGUUGGCUCCUUAUAUGGUCCUGUAGUAACAAUCAUUAGUUUUUCCGCGCAUUUAAUCCACGACUGUGUCUCCCAAGCAAGGAGACCCCAUCCCCAAAACGUAUUUUGGUCGGUGCCAUGUUUUAUUGGGAUGAUAUUUGGAUGAAACUUGAGAAGAGAGAAAUUCCUGGAUUUCCUUGGUGAACUUGUGAGAUGAGCAGAUAAGAUAAGGAUAUAAGGAUUUCACCGUAUUCUCUUACAGAAUUCAGGUAGGCUAAACAGGGAUUCAGAUGAUAAAGUUUAUAUAGGUUAGGGUUCGGAGUAUUUAUUUCUCCUGUUAAUCGGAAUAUAACCAA